GCGGCGCGGAGCCGGUGCCUGAGCGGGUGUCGGAGAGGCGGCUGCGGCGCCGCAAGCCCCGAGCCCACCCGGCCGGGCCCGCUCUCUCCGCCUCCGCCUCCCGGGCCGGCGGCGGCUGCGGGCGAGCUCGCCGGGCCCGGGCCGCCCCUAGCCCCAGCCCCAGCCCCGCCGGGCCCCGCCUCCCGCCGAGUGCAUGAGGUUGACGCUACUUUGUUGCACCUGGAGGGAAGAACGUAUGGGAGAGGAAGGAAGCGAGUUGCCUGUGUGUGCGAGCUGCGGCCAGAGGAUCUAUGACGGCCAGUACCUCCAGGCCCUGAACGCUGACUGGCACGCCGACUGCUUCAGGUGUUGUGAAUGCAGUGCCUCCCUCUCACACCAGUACUAUGAGAAGGAUGGGCAGCUCUUCUGCAAGAAGGACUAUUGGGCCCGCUAUGGCGAGUCUUGCCACGGGUGCUCGGAACACAUCACCAAGGGGCUGGUCAUGGUGGCCGGGGAGCUGAAGUACCACCCCGAGUGCUUCAUCUGCCUCACAUGCGGGACCUUCAUUGGUGAUGGGGACACCUACACACUGGUGGAACACUCCAAGUUGUACUGUGGGCACUGCUACUACCAGACCGUGGUGACGCCUGUCAUCGAGCAGAUCCUGCCUGACUCCCCCGGCUCUCGCCUGCCCCACACAGUCACCCUAGUAUCCAUCCCAGCCUCAGCUCAUGGCAAACGUGGCCUCUCAGUCUCCAUCGACCCCCCUCAUGGCCCGCCGGGUUGUGGCACGGAGCACUCCCACACCGUCCGCGUCCAAGGAGUGGACCCAGGCUGCAUGAGUCCAGAUGUGAAGAAUUCCAUUCAUGUUGGAGACCGGAUCCUGGAAAUCAAUGGCACACCCAUUCGGAACGUGCCCCUGGAUGAGAUUGAUCUGCUGAUCCAGGAAACCAGCCGCCUUCUCCAGCUGACUCUUGAGCACGACCCCCACGACACGCUGGGCCAUGUGGCGGGGCCUGAGCCCAGCCCCCUGGUCUCCCCAGCUCACACUCCCAGCGGAGAAGCAGGCAGCUCUGCCCGGCAGAAACCUGUCCUGAGGAGCUGCAGCAUCGACAGGUCUCCAGGCGCCGGCUCACUGGGGUCCCCUGCCUCCCAGCGCAAGGAUCUGGGGCGCUCCGAGUCCCUCCGCGUGGUCUGCCGGCCGCACCGCAUCUUCCGGCCGUCGGACCUCAUCCACGGGGAGGUGUUGGGCAAGGGCUGCUUCGGCCAGGCCAUCAAGGUGACACACCGGGAGACGGGUGAGGUGAUGGUGAUGAAGGAGCUGAUCCGGUUCGAUGAGGAGACACAGAGGACAUUUCUCAAGGAGGUCAAGGUCAUGCGAUGCCUGGAGCAUCCCAAUGUGCUCAAGUUCAUCGGGGUGCUCUACAAGGACAAGAGGCUCAACUUCAUCACCGAGUACAUCAAAGGGGGCACCCUCCGGGGCAUCAUCAAGAACAUGGAGAGCCAGUACCCGUGGAGCCAGAGGGUGAGCUUUGCCAAGGAUAUUGCUUCAGGGAUGGCCUACCUCCAUUCCAUGAACAUCAUCCACCGGGACCUCAACUCCCACAACUGCCUGGUCCGUGAGAACAAGACUGUGGUGGUGGCCGACUUUGGGUUGGCACGGCUCAUGGUGGAUGAGAAGACUCAGCCGCAGGACCUGCGAAGCCUCAAGAAGCCAGACCGAAGAAAGCGUUACACGGUGGUAGGCAACCCGUACUGGAUGGCACCCGAGAUGAUCAAUGGCCGAAGCUAUGAUGAGAAGGUGGAUGUGUUUUCCUUUGGAAUCGUCCUGUGUGAGAUCAUCGGGCGGGUGAACGCUGACCCUGACUAUCUUCCCCGCACCAUGGACUUUGGCCUCAAUGUGCGAGGUUUCCUGGACCGCUACUGCCCCCCAAACUGUCCCCCAAGCUUCUUCCCCAUUACCGUGCGCUGCUGUGAUCUGGAUCCCGAGAAAAGGCCCUCCUUCGUGAAGCUCGAGCAAUGGCUGGAGACCCUCCGAAUGCACUUGGCUGGCCACCUCCCACUGGGCUCACAGCUGGAGCAGCUGGACAGGGGCUUCUGGGAGACCUACCGGCGUGGUGAAAGUGGACUGCCUGCCCACCCCGAGGUCCCUGACUGAGCCCAGCCCACCCAGAAUCCCUGUCCCCACUGCGGAGAAUCCACCCUGCACCGGAUUCCCGUGUAGGAGGUAGCUGGGUGUGGAGCCCUCAGAGGGCAGCAGGCACCCAGCCCCCUCCCCAGGACCAGGCCCUGACUUGCCUCCUCCUCCCCUGUGGGCCGUGGCCCCUACCCCAUCUGCCUCUGGCCCCAGAGCCAGCCUGGCUGCACAUACACCAUCACCUCGCCCCGCCUUACCUCUGUCUCGGUGGGGCUGCCCCCUCUUGCUUCUCCUUGCAUGAGCUGGAGGGCCCAUGUGAGUUGUGCCCCACCCCGCACCCCGCCGCCCCGGCCGUCCUGCACACCCUCCACCUGUCUGCAGCUCCUCCAAGGCCUGCCUGGAGGACAACUUCAGACCGUGCCCUGUCACAGCUGGGUGCACGGGGGCGGGGGGGGCGUGUCAAGGGACAGGCCGUGUUCCCAGGAGCCAUAAGGGAGUCUGGGGCCUGUCACCCCCAGGGGUGUCUAGGUAGUAGCAGGUAUUGAUAACUAUCCAAACCCCCUAAGCAGGGAGAGGUCUGCUCCUACAGGGGGACAUCCCUGCUGUCUGGCCAGCGGCCCUUCCUGCUUUGGGUCUUUUUGUUUCUUUAUUGAAGCCACUUUAGUGAGAAGCACGUACCAGGCCUCAGGGUGGAGGGCAGUUCCCUGCACCUGAGCUGCUGGGAGGAGCCGCAGAGGGAGGUUGGGCAGAGCAGAGGAGGCAGGCAUCCACCAGCAUCGCAGCCCCCUGAAGUUCAUCUCAGCGUCCCCUCCUGGGCCUCUCCCCGAGGCUCCCUACCAGUGGCUGGAAGCCCCUGCCUCUCCCCAUGUCCCUCUGUCCUCUGGGUUCUUUCUGUGUAAUCUAUUUUUUAAGAAGAGUUUGUAUUAUUUUUUCAUACGGCUGCAGCAGCAGCUGCUGGGAGCUUGGGGUUUUAUUUUUUUGGCGGGUGGGGUGGGGGGGCCAUUUUGUCACUUUGCCUCAGUUGAGCAUCUAGGAAGUAUUAAAACUGUGAAGCCUUCUCAGUGCACUUGAACCUGGAAAACAAUCCAAACGAGCCCAUGGGACUGCAACUCAGGGAGGUGGGACAGUCACCUCCAUCCAGGAAUCUUGAUGUCUAAGGAACAAAACCCAGACUCAGAACAAUAAACUCAAUUCCGUGCUCCCCCCACCCGGA